AGGAAUUAAAUGUUGCUUCUGUCUCCCCCAUUAAGCCAAGUAUACAGCGUCAUCUACUUAGAACCUAAUCAUACUAUUGCAAGCAAUAAUAACUAUGACAUGCCGACCAAAAAUAUCUUCGAUACACUAUGAAUGGACUUACGAUGUCUUCCUCAAUUUUAGAGGUGAAGAUACUCGUCAUGGUUUCAUAGGAACUCUAAAUAAAGAGCUCAAUCGAAAGGGAGUUCGCACCUUCUUUGAUGACAAAGAAAUAGGAAUAGGGGAUGAAAUUACACCAAGGCUUCUCAAAGCAAUCCAGGAAUCUAGGAUUGCCAUUACUGUACUUUCUAAGGAGUAUGCUUCCUCAACAUUUUGCCUAAACGAACUAGUCCAAAUCCAUCAAUGUAUCAAGAAAAAUGGUCGGCUGGUUUGGCCAAUCUUUUAUGAUGUGGAGCCUUCUGAAGUACGACAUCAAAGAGGAAAAUAUGGACAAGCACUAGUUACACAUCGACAAAACUCAAGGGCUGAUGAAGAAAAAAUGAAAAGUUGGAAGCAUGCACUACAUGAAAUAGCUCAUCUUAAAGGUUCAUCAUAUGAUCCAAGGAAAGAUUACGAACAUGUACUCAUUGAAGAUACUGUGGACCACAUCUUUAGGAUAAUUCGAAGGGCCCCCCUUGAUGUUGCCGAAUAUCCAGUUGGUUUAAAUUCUCGCUUGCAAAAAAUAAACUCUCUAUUGCAACUGGGGUCAAAUGAUGAGGUUAUCAUGAUGGGAAUUUAUGGAACUGGGGGAAUGGGUAAAACAACAAUAACAAGUGCAGUGUAUAAUACAAUUGCUGAUAAUUUUGAUUAUUGGUGCUUUCUUGAUGAUAUCAAAGAAGGAUCUGGAAAACAUGGCCUAGAACAAGAGCAAGCCAGGAUGCUUUCAAAACUCUUAGGAGAGAAGAUAGAAUUUGAAGAGAUUAGUCAAGGAGUUAAGCUCAUAAAACGAAUGCUCAAAGAUAAGAAAGUUCUUUUGAUUCUUGAUAAUGUAGAUGAACGAAUGCAGUUACGAAAGUUAGCUGGGGCAUGUGAAUGGUUUGGUUGGGGGAGCAGGAUCAUUAUAACAACAAGAGAUUUACAUUUACUCAAGAGUCAUGGGGUUGAAAGAAGAUAUGAAAUGGAGGGAUUAAAUCAUGAAGAGUCUCUUGAAUUGUUAAGUUGGAAUGCCUUUGGGAAGAUGCAAGUUGAUGAUCCAAGGUACACAGAAGUUGUGAAUGAGGUGAUGAGUUAUUCCGGUGGUCUUCCCUUGGCCCUUGAAAUAUUAAGCCGUGAUUUGUAUGGUAAGAAUGUAAAUGAGUGGAAAUCUAUGUUGGAUGGAUGUAAAAGAAUCCCUCAUGGUAAGAUUCAACAAAUAUUAGAAAUUAUCAUAUUGGAGUGUUGGUAG